GUCAGAACUGUGACAAGGACAGUUAAAGUUUGGAGCUACCAUCUCUACUAACCGUGCUGUCUGGGGGAAUCGAGACUUCCUGCUAUGGAGGCAGUAGGUAAGUAUGACUUUACAGCCACUGCUGAGGAUGAGCUGAGCUUCAGGAAGGGAGACAACAUGAAGAUCUUGGGCACCAAUGAUGACUGGUUGAUGGCUGAGCGACAUGGAAAGAAGGGAUUCAUACCACGUAACUACAUCGACAUAAACCUACCCAGUUGGUACCAGGAGAGUGCUAGUCGAGGUGAGGCCCAGGAGUCUCUCAUGGCCCAGCCUAUAGGAUCCUUUCUGAUCAGGGGCAGCCAGAGCGCCCCAGGAGACUUCUCCAUAUCCGUUAGACACGAGGCAGACGUGCAGCACUUCAAGGUGAUGGCAGACACCAGAGGGCAGUAUUACCUCUGGUCUGAGAAGUUCAGCUCCUUCAACGAGCUGGUGAACUAUUACAUGAACAACUCUGUCUCUAAACACAGCCGCAUCUAUCUGCUGGACACAGAUACACAGGAGAGGGGAUUCGGCCAGACCAGGACAUCAGCCCCAUCCUCUCAGCCCCAGCCUCACCAGCCCCGCGCACCCCAGCCUCACCUGCCCCUGCCCAGCAUACCCCAGCCUCACCUGCCCCUGCCCAGCAUACCUCAGCCUCACCAGCCCCGCGCACCCCAGCCUCACCUGCCCCUGCCCAGCAUACCCCAGCCUCACCUGCCCCUGCCCAGCAUACCUCAGCCUCACCAGCCCCGCGCACCCCAGCCUCACCUGCCCCUGCCCAGCAUACCCCAGCCUCACCAGCCCCUGCCCAGCAUACCCCAGCCUCACCAGCCCCGCGCACCCCAGCCUCACCAACCGCUGCCACGCACACCAGACCCCAUACCCCCACCACAGCGUGCGGCUGUGACCACGGGGGGCAGUGGUCUGAUGCAGGUGAGAGCUCAGUAUGACUUCAACGCCGAGGAGAAGGACGAGCUGAGCUUCAAGGCUGGUGACGUCAUCGAGGUGCUAGAGUGUUCCGACAUGUCAUGGUGGAAAGGAAGACUGAGGGGACAAACGGGAGUGUUCCCUUCCAACUACACCAACCCUGUAUGAGAGAGAAGGAAAUGGUUAGCAUUUAGAGCUAAAUAAUUAUCUGAAUUCAUUAUAGCAGACGUUCUUAUCCAGAGCAACUUAAAGGAGCAAUUAGGGUGAAGUGCCUUGCUCAAGGGCAUAUUGACAGAUUUUUCACUCAGGGAUUCGAAUCAGUGACCUUUCGGGUUACUGACCCAACAGCCUCAACCGCUAGGCUA